AUGCCGCCCAGGACAAGAGCGGGAGCGCAGAGCCAGAAACAAAAGGAAAAGCUUGUGAAUUCAUACAAUGAACUGUUCGAGGAGUUUUCGUCCAAAGAUUUGCGGAGUGUCGGAAACUAUACACUGGGAAAAUUGAUUGGCAAAGGCUCAUUUGGCAAGGUCUAUUUGGCAUCGCAUAAACUCACCAAUGGCUCCAAGGUAGUGCUCAAGUCCUCCAGCAAGGAGGACACCAAUCUAGCACGGGAGAUUCACCAUCACCGCCAAUUCUUACACCCACAUAUUGCGCGCCUGUACGAGGUCAUCGUCACAGAGAACCUGGUCUGGUUAGUUCUGGAGUAUUGUCCAGGUGACGAACUGUACAACUACCUUUUACAUCAUGGACCCCUCCCGGCCGACAAAGUCAAACGCAUAUUCACCCAGUUGGUGGGCGCCGUGGCCUACGUUCACAGCAAGUCUUGUGUACAUCGCGACUUGAAGCUGGAAAACAUUCUACUUGAUAAGCACGAGAAUGUCAAACUGUGUGACUUUGGCUUUACCAGAGAGUAUGAGGGGAAAGCCAGCUAUCUUCAGACUUUCUGCGGUACUAUCUGCUACAGCGCACCAGAGAUGCUAAAGGGAGAGAAAUAUGCGGGCGAAAAGGUCGAUGUCUGGAGUUUGGGUAUCAUUCUCUAUGCGCUGCUGGCUGGAGAGCUUCCGUACGAUGACGACGACGACCAGGUGACGAAAAAGCGAAUCCUGUCCGAGGACCCCCAAUACAACGACAAAUUUCCAGAGGACGCCAAGGCUUUGAUAAAUCUGUUACUUUCGAAGAGACCCCUGAUACGACCAAGUCUCAAUGAUAUUCUCGCCCAUCCGUUCCUCGCCGAGCACGCCCCGGAACAGCUUGCCAUCUUGAAAAUUCCCAGGCCGUCCCCAUUCACCACACCGCUGGAGAAGACGACCCUGCAACGUAUGAAAAGUGCAGGCGUGAACAUCGACGAGGUGAUUGAGAAUGUGCUCGCCCAACGUUGUGAUCCUUUGGCGGGAUGGUGGGCUUUGUUGAUCGAGAAAGAGCAGCGCAAGGAACUGAAGCGUGAGCGGCGCCGCCGGGAGCGGGAUGCAGAAGCGAAAAAUCUCCGCCGACUGAGUGCGGCCAGCAGCCGGUUGGAGAAGCUGUCAUCGGCCCUGGUCGAAGUAGAUGAAGAAGGGCAUAUGCAGACUGGUUCGCUGCAAGACCGUGGGAGACGAGACAGGCGAAGCCUGCCAUCUCAGCUAGCGGUGCCGGAGCUUCCUGCCUUGCCUGAACCUUUGCCAGUCCCUUCACCUGAUUCGAAUUUGCCGCCGACGCCCCUCGAGAAUGACUCUACAGCCGCUGACAGACGCUCCAUCACAUCAGCUUCAACGUCUGUUCGUCGUCGCCCAGUGCCUCCGCCAAAAGAUAAGAGAAGGUCGCGCCCCAGCGUGCUACAUGCUAGUGCGUCCCAACCAGAACUGACGCAGCACCAUGGCAUUUUCCGACGCCGCGCGUCGCGCCGUCAGCACCCGAUUCUUAGUCAACUCGCCUCCCUGAAGCACUGGUUCCUCGAAUCUGCCAAGCGAGCAAAGUCCCCCAGUGCCAAAUCUGGCAGCUCGCGCAAAUUUCUGUCUGAAAAGUUCAGUCCUGGUAAGAGCCAUGAUUCUGGGAAAAAGGCUCCCGUGCCCUCUAUCACCGGCGACGUCUCUACAGAUGUAGCCACGCCCACACAGACCAAACGCUUCUCCAACGCCAGCAGUCUUGCGCCAAGCAGUGCUUCAUAUCAACAAAAUCGACACUCUUAUCCACGUCAACCUCGCUCGCUGAAUACGGCCCACUCGAGCCAUCGCAACUCCCUUUCGCCAUCUCCCAUCACACCUCGCGGCUCCUAUCGGCGGUCAUCAGCUGGACUGCGUGGCCGCAAGUCAACUUCAUCCUCGGUUUCCUCUAUUCGCAGCAUCCAUCACGCUCGAGCACACUCCAAAGCCUCCUCCAUCUCAUCUAACAGCAUCGACACUGUGGCAACACCUACCGCGCGAAUGUCCAAGUCUCCACACUCAUCGAUCAAGGUGCUGCCGACAACGCCUGGUUCAUCUGCACGCUUCCCAAGCAAUAUCCGUUUAGUGCGCGGGCCCAGUGGGCCCCAGCGCGAACUGCCUGGGAGUGAGGAUGAUCUCUCGGCGUCUUUCCCGGAAGCUGUUCCAGGUCCCAUUCUCUAUUCUCCGUCUUCAAAUUUGGUUUUUGCUCGCCGAAAGCGAUCCGCGUUCAAGGGACCGAUGCUGCACACGUCAAAUUUGAUGACGUCGGGUACCUCGCUCCACUCCCCGAUGCCUGGCCAGGCUGUGGAGAGCAGUGAGGCGAUGCCUGCCAUCAGCCGCUCCACUCAUCGUCCUGCGGCUCGUAAGAGUCAAAUUAUCGAAGAAGAGGAAGACGACGAAGAAUUUGAAGAGGACGUGGAAGAAGUGGACGAGUUUGACGCACCGGAAGUAGAGCCACGGACUAAGGGUACGGACGACGAUGAAACGCCUCGAGUGUCGGUGGCCAUACCGCAAGACACUGGAUCUCCAUCAUCUGACUGCAGGCCAGCACUGGAGCCUGCUCCAGAGCUAGUUUCCAGCCCUGGCAGACCUCCACGGUCGUCCUCGCUGCUUUCUCCGUCUAGCGAGACAGCUGCAGCUCUUGCGGUAGUCACUGCAGAAUCGACCACUGCCGGCGGCGACACAAAUGCUGAACUAGGCUCUGGAGCAGAUACCGAGGACCUUAUGAAGCCGGCUCAGACAGAAUAG